UAAUUUAUUAAUUUAAAAUAAUUUUAUCAUAUUUAGCUCAAUAUAAUAAUUUUAUUUUAAUAAGAUUUAUUAUGAUUAUAUAAUAGAUAAAAAUAUGAUAGAAUUUUAUUUUUAUUUUAUAAAUGAUAGCUGAAUAUAUUAAUGUAUAAUAAUAUUUCAAAAUUAGUUACGAAAUUAGUGAAAAUAUUUACAUAUACGUUUUAAAAAUUAAUAUAUUUUAGGAUUCUUAGUUUUCAAUUAGGUUGAAUUUGGGAUUUUUGAUCUGUCAGGUUUAUUAAGAAAUGUAAUGUUGGGUCGGUUUUUCUGUAUGGUCGGGUUAUUGUUUGGUCUAAUUUUAUGCCUGGUUGGGAUUUCAGUUUUGUAUCGGGUAUUGAAGAUUUUGAAUUAGGAUUACUAAGCAGUGACAAAACCAAAAUCUGUGAAGAAAUAAGAUUUAAACUGUUUUAUCGGAAGAUAUAUAAUGAAGUUAUAUUUUGGAAGACAUCUAAUGAUAUAUGAUAUUUUUCGUAGAGAAAUAGCUCAUCGAUCCAAUUUAUGUUUUAUAGUUUUUAAUAUUUUCUUAUCAAUUUUCAUGAUUUAUUUCUUUUUAAGAAUUUAUAUUUUUCCUUUCACGAUUUCUGUAUAUAUUCAUAAAAGUAUUUUUUAUUUCUCUCCAAAUUUAGGGGUGUAUAAUAAAUAUAUAUGGUUCCCAAUAUUUUAAAGUUUAGAACUUCAAAACCCUUUUUUCAAACCGUCUCUCUUUUUCUCUAUCUCCAUGCGCCGCCAGUACUGAGAGCCGAGUUCUCAAUCCCCAAACUCCAAACCCUAUAUUCAUUUUCGAUUUGGAUCUUGUCAUCUGCCUCCUUCUUGAUCCUCUCCUAAAACAAGGUGAAAAGUUGGUUUGCUCAUUUUCGAUAUUUGGUUCAUGACUCCUUCCACUAGUCUAAUAUAUUAUAUAUAAUAUUAAAUCUUGCUUGCUAGAUCUUGAUUGUUGAUUGCUGCAACAAUAUUUUAAUGACCUAAAUUAUAUUGAUAUGACUGUAAACCAAAUUUGAUUCAUGUAAUUGUUAAAUUUAUAAUUGAUGCUUAAUGAUUGAGAACAAGGAACUUAAAAUGUAUAUUUAAGUUAUUCGGCGACAAGUGGAUUGAUUCAAAUUUCUUAUAUUAUUCAUGUCGUAUCGAAAAUUUUGAUAUCCGCAUACGCCCUCUCGUGAUAAUGAUUCGUACAACCAUUAAUCUUGACAAUAUCCCAGUUUUAGAUUCGAUUUGGAUCAAAUCGAUUUCAGUUUGAUUAAAUAGUAUGUGUUUGAGUUUUGAUAUCAUUCAUAGAUUUUUAACUUAAAAUUAACUGAUGAUAACUGGAUUGGUCCAAAUUCUUUAUGUAUUUUUUAUAUUCUAUUGAAAUUCAUGAUAUAAUUUCACAUGUUCCUUCUUCGAAAUAAUGAUUGGUAUAACCAUUAAUUUUUACAAUAUCUCAAUUUAGUAUUCGGUUGGGACAAAUCAUUUAUACAUCGCAAUAAAUCCAAUGCACACAAGUCUCUGGAAAUUCCAUUGUAUUCAGAAUUUUUUCAAAAAAAAACUGAAAAAGCAUUUUGUUUCGGUUUCAUAACUUUCGACGCUAGUGUUUCAACAUGGUUGCUAGAAUCUUAAACAUGAUCUUAUAGAUUGUGUUACAUAGCACAACUGUGAGGUAAUCUUUUCAUAUUUUAUGCAUCCAACUAUCUUGGAGACCCAACCUAAAAGCGUUACGUUAACUCUAUACGGCAUAAAUCUUACGUUAACUCCAUACGACAUAAAUUCACUGUGAAAGUAUGAUUGCAUCGCAGUGACAAAGUCAUGGUCUGCAACAAAUGUCAUGUUUUUGUUUCUUUUUGGUUUGUUUUGGUGAGUGUGUUUCCUUGUUUGGUUAGUGUGUUUUCGUAAUCUCUGGCAUUUUUUGUUGAAUAUCUGAGUCAUUAAUGCAAUUAAAGAACUUGGAUCCUCUUAACCGUCUCUUCUAACAUCUCAGUUUCACGUUUUUGUGAUGGUUUCAUCUCUUGACAGAGAAAAAGAAGUUGUGAAUAUGGGAGCUCCAAAGCAUAAGUGGACACCGGAAGAAGAAGAAGCUCUUAUGGCUGGAGUACUCGAACAUGGAAUCGGAAAAUGGCGUUCGAUUCUCGGAAACCCUGAGUAUUCCUCUGUUUUGCACUCUCGCUCAAAUGUGGAUCUCAAGGACAAAUGGAGAAACAUAAGUGUAGCAGCUACUUGUGGAUCUAGGAAGAAGGCUAAGCAAGGUGAUGAUGGAGGACAACAGAUUGUUCCAGCAUCUGCUCCUCUUGCAUUCUCAUAUGAGCCACCACAAGAUCUCUUCACAAGUGUGGAUAACAUGAUUUUGGAGGCUAUAACUAACUUUAAGGGACCGUUGGGUCCUGAUAGAAACUCAAUCUUGCUGUCUGCAGAGGUGAAUGCUAAUAUGCCAAUGUAUAUGGAACCGCUUGUGAGUUCAAGACUCGAGCAUUUGAUCAAUACUGAAACAAUAAUUAAGAGAGAGCACAGGUACAGUGUUUCUCAGGGCUAUGCAGCUGCAAAAGCAAUAGCAGAAGCAGAGUUGGCACUAGCAGAAGCUGAAUUAGCGGCAAGAGAAGCGGAUAACGCAGAAGCUAAGGCCGAAGCUGCCCGUAUUUUCGCAAAAGUUGCAAUGAAAGCUUUGAAAGCAACUCGGUAAGAGAUAUUUGUGAUUCUUGUUUCUGUGCUGAUAGGGAAGACAGAUCAUGUCAUGUCUGAACCUUGCAUCUAAACUUGCACCUUUGUUAUGUCAGAUUCUGUUUAAAACCUUCUCUCUCUUUUUUUUUAAAGUUGUUGUAGUAACUUUAUUACCUUCAGGUUUCUCAUGACCCAUUUAGAGAAAACUGGUUUGAAGGAAACAAAUCAAAGCUUUUGAAACAUUUUUUGUU